AUGGGGGGCCCCCUUGCUGGCCGGGCGCCUCUCGGCAUUGAGCUGUCGGCUCCAGGGGGCCACCCGGGGGGCCCCCCUUGCGGGGAGGACCCGGAGGCCCCUGGGUUACUGUCGGGGGAGCUGGGGGCCCCCCUGUUGGCGGAUGGACAGCCCCUUUCUCCCUCGGAAAGCGAGCCUUCGGAUGGCCAAAAUGGUUUCUUUUUCGAGGCCCCCCGGGACAUAGAGGGGGGUUUUCAAGACCGGAGUCCUUCGGGUUUGCAGGGGGCCCUUGGGAGAUUUUCGGAGGGCGUCAAGAGCUUCUUAAUGCGGUAUGUGGGGCCCCGGGGGCCCCCGUCUUUGGUGCGGCCCCUUCUGGGGGCCCCCCGGGGUGGGGGCCCCCCUGGUAGUGGCUGGGGCUCGGGCCCGCGCAGCUGGCUGGCCCCGGAGACGCAGCAGAUAUGGGGCCCGUGCGGAGGGGCCCCCCCGGGGGCCCCCUU